CAAAACGAAAGGUGGCGUUGAUGUAGAAAAUGGCGGAUACAGAGUUGGAAGCGUUGCGUGCUAAACGUCUAGCAGAACUCCAGCAGCAAUAUGCAGGAAAUCAAGGAUCUCGACAGAACGAAGAAGAAGAGAGAAAAAUUAAAGAAGAAGAAUUCAGAAAUCACGUUCUAACUCAAGUCUUAACUCAAGAAGCCAGAGCAAGAUUAAGUACUAUAGGUAUUGCAAAACCUGAAAAAGCUAAAAUGAUAGAAAAUAUGCUAAUUCAGAUGGCAAGACUUGGACAGAUUCAAGGAAAGCUUCAAGAAUCUGAUCUAAUACCAUUAUUGGAACGAGUCAGUGAACAGACAAAGAAAAAAACAAUUGUAAAGUUUGAUAGAAGAAGAGCAGCUCUAGAUUCCGAUGAAGAUUGAAAGCUUUGCAAAGAA